UAACUAGACACAAUGGGUUGUCCAAACCAAAUCGAAAACGUUAGCAUGAAAAACACAUGACUUUCCUAAACCAGACACACGACGAUUCAACCAGCUUCAUUAAUUAUUCACUCACCCCUUUCAUUUGAACUAUUUCUAGAACAUAACAAGAGUUCAAUUCUCUCCUUCCUCUACCUAUUCAUGUCACAACAACAACAACAACAACAAAUCCUUCUCUCUGAGAAAGAACCAGUGAGUCUCUGAAAACCCUAGAGUGUGAGUGCGAGAGAGAAAUGUCUGAAACCUUCUGCAGCGACUGCAAGAGGCAGACGGAGGUGGUGUUCGACCACUCUGCGGGGGACACGGUGUGCUCCGAGUGCGGCCUCGUUUUGGAGUCUCACUCCAUUGAUGAAACCUCCGAGUGGCGAACCUUUGCCAAUGAGUCUGGCGACAACGACCCUGUCCGUGUCGGUGGGCCCACCAACCCGCUACUGACUGACGGCGGCCUCUCCACCGUCAUCGCCAAGCCCAACGGUGGCUCCGGCGAGUUCCUGUCGUCCUCCGUCGGCCGCUGGCAGAACCGCGGCCUCAUCGUCGCCUUCAAAACCAUCGCCACCAUGUCGGAUAGGUUGGGACUCGUUGCAACCAUCAAGGAUCGGGCUAAUGAGAUAUAUAAACGGGUUGAAGAUCAGAAGUCUAGUAGAGGAAGAAAUCAGGAUGCAUUAUUGGCUGCUUGUCUCUACAUUGCUUGUCGACAAGAAGACAAACCACGCACUGUAAAGGAAAUUUGCUCUGUUGCCAAUGGAGCCACAAAGAAGGAAAUUGGCCGAGCGAAAGAAUACAUAGUGAAACAACUGGGUUUGGAGCAGGGCCAAUCUGUAGAGAUAGGAACGAUACAUGCUGGGGACUUUAUGAGACGUUUUUGUUCUAAUCUCGGUAUGACUAAUCAAGCUGUUAAAGCGGCUCAGGAAGCUGUUCAGAAAUCAGAAGAAUUUGAUAUAAGGAGGAGUCCCAUAUCAAUUGCUGCAGCAGUUAUAUACAUCAUAACUCAGCUUUCUGAUGAUAAAAAACCUCCCAAAGAUAUAUCAGUUGCCACAGGAGUUGCAGAAGGAACCAUUAGGAACUCGUACAAGGAUCUUUAUCCCCAUGUUUCAAAAAUAAUACCAAGCUGGUAUGCAAAGGAAGAGGAUUUGAAGAACCUAUCCAGCCCUUAAAAGAAAAACAAUAGUGACCACAUUUAACAACUUAGAUACCAUUGGAAAACGUUCUGUUCUGGAUGUACUGAACUGUUUUAUACUUCUAAUUCAAAAUGAAAAUGCCUCUUUUAUUAGUUAUUUUCUUCUGUUUGGCAUUUUCCUUGUAGUUAGUUAGUUAACUGCACAUUCAUUUUGGUUAACCCUCUCAAUUUGAGAAUUCUAGGGGAGAGGCACCGCUGAUAUAUAUAAAAUUAGCUCAACCUUUAUGAUAGUAA